AUGGCGCUAUCGUCGCCCUUCCAGGGGCUCUACCCCGAGCUCAUGGAGCAAAUCUUCGCGCACACUACGCCACUUCUUGCAUUCAACCAACUACAGCGGCUGCGAACUGUGUGCCGUGCAUUCGAAGGCGCGUUGGCACCCGAAUUCUUUGCGACAUUCCAGCUCGUGAUCGACAAGGAUGGAGUGCUUGUAACAAGGGAGGACAUGCUUGAAGCGAUAGCCAGAGGCGAGACCGGGUGGGCAAGACAUGCACGGACGCUCCGCGUCGUUGUUAACAACACGGGGAAAUAUGGGGCCAGUAAAGUCAAUACCAGACUCUUGGAGUCUGCGCUGCGAGCACUACCAGCGACGCAAUCCGCCAGCUUCCGCUUCACCACGCUCACCCUCCCCUCUCCCAUCUUUUCUGUAAUCCUUAGCCAUCUCGCGAUGACACCCGAAUUCGUCUCCCUGCACGCAAUGCUUAACUGCUCGUCCAACAUCCGGUGGCGUCCAUUUACUGCCCUCUUGGGAACUGCCCUCCUGGGAUAUGUACCCUGGCCUCAUUUCCCUGGCCUGAAGACACUCUCGCUGGAGUGCAACGAAAUAUCCGACAACGCAGGCAUGCUGGAUCUCUGCGACGCACUAAAACGCGCAGGCUCUACGGGCCGCCUGACUGCGCUCUCCGUGCAUGCCCCAGCCUUCACCAAAUCUGCCAUCCCCUCCAAAGUUCUCAGCCUCUCAGUGCUGCUCGGGCUUCUCCAGCCGGUGGGUCUGCAGCACCUCACGGUCAACCCCGCCCUCUUUAACACACUCUCCGCGGACUCCGCCGGCCUCCCGAAACUAGCCUCACUUUCGCAGCUUACCAUCAGAGGUCUGUAUCCCAGUGGCCUUCAUGACCCGACGAUGAAUGACGGGGCAUGGAUGGCACUCGCGAAAGCCGGAGCGCGGAUCAAGCGGCUGCGCGUUCCGGGGAUUGACGACGGUCUGGCGAAGUAUCUCACGACGUACAGUGGACUGGAGUUCAUCGCCGUUGCGAGUGCGUUUGAUGCGGGCCUUGGACUGCGAUGGAGCGACGCACAUAAUGUCCAUGACCCCGAGCUCGAGCAGCAGAAGAUGCAGCGUCGUGCUGCCGACGUAUUGCGCGUGGAGAUGUUAUACGACGCUUUUGUCGGUCACGCAGAGUCGCUGCGCGUGCUGUCCCUCCCAGCGCCGUACGCGGGUUGUUGGACCUUCCGGUCCCCAGUGGCCAAGGCUAUCGGGAUGCUGCGCGAGCUGCGUCUGCUGGUGAUGAGCGUCGAUAUUGAGGCUAUCCCCGAUGCGAUUUGGCCACAACCGGAGCAUCGAGUGGUUAUUGAUGCAGACGGGGUGAAUGCUGUGGAAUGCUUUGUCGAUACCAUCACGCGUCUGCCACACCUCACACAUGCGGCACUUUUGAAAACUCUCGCCCCGGAACUGCGCUUCGCACGCUGCGGCAACCCAAUCGACAACCACCAGAACAGGGCCCAGAAGGCCAUCGCUACUGCGUUUGCGGAGCUCAAGCCCAUGCCGGUAUCCCCGUCCCAGGCUCGGAAUGUGGGGACAUCAUCGCCGAUCGUAUACUCCGUCUCCAAGUUGUAUUUUGCUCGGUUUGUGGAGGGAAAAGGCAAGUGGGAGGUGCUGCAAUCGCUCCCUCACACCGGGGGUUGGAGUCACGACGAUGGAUUGCCAGCAUUUGCAAGGGUCUGA